CAUAACUCUACUUUUUGUUAACUACCAAUUUAGGUGCUAGACUAAACAAAUAAUAAUUAUUACCAAUGGCCAUAGUAGGUGGGUUUAAUAAAUACAGGAUAGUUUUAUAUGUGAUAAUAUUAAAAUGGAGAAAGAAUCUAGUCUAAGCCGGACAGUUUUCAAAAGUAUCGAAGUUGCAAAUACUUCCAAGGUAAAAGUGUUAUUGCCAUUGCCGCAGACUACAAAAUGGUAUGGAAGUGUUGCUAAUUAUGCCGAAACAGAGGAUAAUGAUGACCACAAAUCGGUGUUUUUUCGUAGCAGUGAACUUCUGUCUACAGUUAAAACAGACAUUCGAACUUAUUUAAAUGUCCUCAAGAUAUGUAUCCUUGUGGUUGCAUGGAUCUUAUGCAGUUACGCGCUAACUUCAAGUCCGGAAAAAGACAAAGAGUCGUUUAGACUAAAUAUACCGGAACAUGAGGCAUACAGUUUUAUAUUACGUGAACACCCAAAAGAUAAUACCAUAAAAGUAAUGCUGAAAGGAAGAAUUUUACCUCCCUAUUACGCUAAUCUUACAAGUCUGCAUAUGAAGGUUUGGGUCCAGAUUAUGGUUGUUAAGCAUGUACCAACAAGCAUCGAGAAAACCAAUAACUCAGAUGCAAUUGUUUUGCGGAAUAUUUCUGAAGUUUGGCGAUUGCCUCUCGCUAGCCAUGAAUUUAUAAAGCAAAUUCCAAAGAUGGAGUAUACUCAAGUGUUUCACGUGAUGCCUUAUCAACUGAAAAAUUUUACAUACUACGUCCUCAGAUUACAAUUUGCGACAAAUUUAAGGUCUAACUUGAAGGUGUCUAUGAAAUAUAAUUUACAACCAACCAAUCCCAAGGAUGGUAUUCUUUACGCAGCUUUAAUAUUGGCGGGACUCUAUUUUAUGAUUAUAUUUGAUAUAAUCCACCGUACUAUGGCUUCUGUAUUGGCAAGUACCGUGUCCAUUGCAACAUUAGCUGCCUUAGAUCAGAGACCAUCCAUAGCAGAGUUGGUCUCCUGGAUUGAUAUGGAAACACUGAUCUUGUUGUUUUCUAUGAUGACUAUGGUAUCUAUUUUCAGUGAAACAGGAGUUUUUGAUUAUACUGCCGUUCUUGCUUUCAAUAAAACAGGAGGAAAAUUGUGGCCUCUUAUCAAUGUGUUGUGCAUCUUAGCUGCAGUAAGCUCCUGUUUUUUGGAUACAGUCACCACUGCUCUAUUGAUAACACCUAUUACCAUCAGGAUAUGUGAAGUUAUUAAAGUGAAUCCAAUUCAGAUCUUAAUCUAUACGUUAAUAUUCGCCAACAUAGGUGGUGCAAUAACACCUAUCGGAGAUCCGCCAAACGUGAUAAUUGCCUCUAAUCCAGAUGUGAUGAAAGCGGGUAUAACGUUUGGAGUUUUUACUUUACAUACUGGAAUUGGAGCUUGUAUUAUCCUAUUCAUAAUAUAUUUGCAGAUUAGAAUAAUGUAUAGAGACAUCAAGCACUAUCAGUAUGACGAACCUGAGGAAAUUAAAGAUUUGAAACGAGAAAUUGCUGUAUGGGAGCGAACGGCAGCUUCAGUAAGCAGUUACAGUAAAGAUGAAAAUAUCGUUAAAGAAAGUUUACUGAAACAAAUGGCUCAGUUACAAAAUAAAUUAAAAGAUACUGUUAAUCAGUGUAAAACCGCAUCGACGCAUGUCAUCCGCGUAGAGAAUUUAAAGAAACAGUAUCCCAUUAAAAACAAAUCUUUGUUAAUAAAGUCUGGAAUAACUUUGGCUUUAGUUAUAUGUUUAUUUUUCUUUAAUUCCAUACCCGCAUUUCGUACACUUGGACUUGGAUGGACAGCUCUUCUAGGUGUCAUAUUAUUGCUGAUUUUAUACGAUUCCAAAGAUUUGGAUGCAAUCUUCGCCAGAGUCGAAUGGUCCACUUUACUGUUCUUUGCUUCGUUAUUUAUUUUAAUGGAGGCACUUUCGCGUUUAGGCCUAAUCGACUACAUAGGUAAACAAACCCAAUACGUAAUAACCUCAGUGGGACCAGACUCAAGACUUGCUACAGCAAUAGUAUUGAUUCUGUGGGUCUCUGCAGUAGCAUCAGCGUUUGUCGAUAAUUUACCGUUAACCACGAUGAUGAUAAGAAUUGCCAUUGAUCUUUCACAUAAUGAAGAACUACAUUUGCCUUUACCUCCUCUGAUAUGGGCUCUUUCUUUUGGAUCGUGCCUUGGAGGAAACGGUUCCCUUUUUGGUUCAUCAUCGAAUAUUAUCUGCGCAGGAGUGGCAGAGCAACAUGGAUACCGAUUUAGCUUUUUGCAUUUUACCAAAGUUGGAUUACCAGUGAUGAUUACCAGUACCAUAAUCAUAACCAUGUACUUACUAGUCUGUCAUGUAAUUCUAGGCUGGCAGUAAAACCUUUCAACAAUGUCAUGAUAUAUUUAAUCAAUUGUUUAUACUUUUUGUUUCAAAUAUGUAUAUGUAAUUAUGAACUACCUAGUUUAUCCAGUUUAUUUUAAAUAAAUGUGAAUUUUAUUUUUCUAAAUUUU